GAAGUAGAGGAGAAUACUUGAAAUAUUUUUUUGUGUAACAAUUUUGAUUUCAAUUUGGCUACGCGUGUUCGAUUUAAUAAAUUUUAUGAGCAUAGAAAAAGUGUUAAUUACUUUAAAUUGAAAGUAAAAUCUUAAAAAGUUCUAAGACUUUUGUUUUUUAAAAGGCAAGAAAAAAAGCAAUUUAUAUUUGAGAGAAACGUGUAAAAAAAACUCUUUUUUUUCGGUGGCUGUAGUUUGUGAGGUGCAUUAAAAUUUAACCGAAAUUCAAGAAAUCCAAAAGAAAAAAAACAAAACUUGCUAAGCUGCUGGUUGGUGAGGCGCAAAUACUGAAUUGAUUGCAUAUUAAGUUUUUUUUGUUCAACAUUUGGAAAGGAACAACAACAAUUAACAGAACUCUAUAAGUGUGUGGAGAUAUUCAAUUAAAAACUACUUAAAUGGUGCUAUAAUUACUAGUUUUCAAGCUAAUUAGUCGGAAUUUUAAGGCAAACAUUAAUUAAGUGGAAAUACUAAAGGUUUUCGAAAGAAUAUAAAAGUUAAAAACAACUGAACUUUGUUACUUGAAUAUUGAAUGGAACUGCAAUUAAAUUGCAAAACAGGAAAGAAUUUUCAUAAUUUUGACAGCAACAAUUUGGGCAAAAGUAAACAAAAUUUGCAAAUACUUUUUAAGAAACUCAAAAGAAGAGGAAGAAAAAACAAGACAACAGCAAUUAAACAACGCCGUUUUGCAUGUUGUUAUCAUUAAAUAUAAGAAAAAGAAAACGAAAAACCACACAACGAAGAAAAAAAGAUAAAAAAUUGCUUUUAUUUACAGCAACAAUAAUAAGAAAAUAAUUAUAAAACACUAGCAGCAGAGAAAUAAAAAAAAAUAUAAAAAAGAGCAAAGUGUGUUAAACGUCAUAAUAGAAACAGAAAAUUAAAAAAAAGAGAGAGCCCCAAUCAGCACAGCCGAGUAGUGGGGGAAACACUAAGCGAAAGCGCAGUUGGAGCAACAAAACACUGGCAUUUUGCAAAACUUGUUCAGUAGUAAGACACUAGGCAGCCGAUUAAAAACACCUCCUAACAAAAAAGAAAAUAAACUAGCUGAGAGAGCUGCCAGCUAGUUAGGUUUUUUUUUUUAAUUUAACAACUAAACAGCAAACACUUCUUAUAACGAUAAACAAAACAAUUUAAAAGAAAUUUAUUUAAAAAAAUCAUCAAGCAGCAGUAAAAUUGCUAAUAAUUUUGUGUGUCUAAUUGCAAACCCCCUAAAAUAAAGCCAUCAGCUGUUAAAACCAUAAAUUCCAUAAAAGUAAAAGAAAAAAACUAAACUACUUGCAGCAAAAUGAAUAUUGACGACUAUGAAUCUUUGCCCACCACAAGUGUGAGUGUAAAUAUGACGGCCGGAGCUAUAGCCGGUGUAUUGGAGCACAUUGUUAUGUAUCCCAUGGAUUCAGUUAAGACACGUAUGCAAAGUUUAUCACCAGCCACAUCAAAAUACAACAUCACAGCCACAUUUACAAAUAUGAUAAAAAAGGAGGGUAUCCUGAGACCUAUACGAGGUGUUAGCGCUGUUGUGGCUGGUGCUGGUCCAGCACAUGCUUUAUACUUUGGUUCCUAUGAAAUGUCCAAAGAGCUGAUGACCAAAGUAACCACACACAAUCAUAUAAACUAUAUGGCUUCCGGUGUUAUUGCUACUCUCAUACACGAUGCCGUUUCAAAUCCUGCUGAGGUUAUAAAACAACGUUUACAAAUGUAUAAUUCUCCUUAUAAAUCGGUGGUGCAAUGCUUGCGUGGAGUUUAUCAACAGGAGGGUAUUAAGGCUUUUUAUCGUUCGUAUUCAACACAAUUGGUAAUGAAUAUACCAAAUCAGACAAUACACUUUUCCACUUAUGAGUUUUUCCAAAAUAUGCUCAAUCAUGAACGUAAAUAUAAUCCUCCGGUUCAUGUUAUAGCUGGCGGUGCUGCUGGUGCUUGUGCGGCUGCUAUUACCACACCAUUAGAUGUUGUUAAAACACUAUUGAAUACUCAGGAAACUGGUUUGGUUAAGGGCAUGAUGGAAGCCAUCAGAAAGAUAUAUGCAGUGGCUGGUCCUCUCGGCUUCUUUAAGGGUUUAACCGCUCGUGUCCUUUAUGCAAUGCCAGCGAAUGCUAUUUGUUGGUCCACUUAUGAAUUUUUCAAAUUCUAUUUAUGUGGCAUCGAUCGUGAUCUCUACAAAUCGACAAUAACGGGUAAAAAUGCGCUGCAACCACGUCAAACCUCCACAUCCGAUAUAGUUAGCGAUAUACACAUACCUAAUGCAUAUCUUAUGGUACCAGUGCCCGAAACUAGUGAAGAAUUCAAGAAUCCCAAAGAAUCAUCAACAACAACACCACAACAGCCUCAUACACCAGCCACAACUACAGCCCUACCAACUGGUCCCAUUAAAACAGUUUGUGAACUGUCCACCAGCGUUACAUCACCCACCCUUAAUCUGACCACUAGACAUACAGAUGUUAAAAGUCCCUUCGACAGAGGUUUCUCAAGUCCAUAAGCACAAAAUAUAAAUUAUUGAAUAAAUUACAACAACAACAACAAAUAUAUUCCCAACGUUUGUUAAAAAUUGCUUAAGCUACCUUAAUAUAACAACAUACAAACCUGCCUAAUAACAACAUCUAUAAAAAAGGAAAAAAGAACACAGUCCUUGAUAAAAAAAAUCAUUGUAAAUCAACGAAAACUUAUGCUCAUUUUUUUGAAACAAGAUGACUCGCCUGUGAGUUCCAGCAGCAUCUUGUUGAAAACGCUGUUUGUUUUGAUUGUUUGUUUGUAUAUACGCUGCAGCAAUCUAAACCUUAAGGGAAUAUAUUUAUCACAUUAAAAUGAGCAUAUAGCUAUACCUAAUGAUGGAUGUGAUGCGUGUGUUUUUUUUUUUUUUUGUACAUGUGUAAAAAAUGCAAGAUCUAAAAGCGUGUAUUUAUUGUAAAAUAUUUAAGCUGAAAAACAAAACAACUGUAUUGCAAAACCUAGUUUUGCCUUAAACCUUUGGCUUUGCAUUUUAAAGAUUUUUUUUGUUAAAUAAUAUCACAAAAUAACAGCUUUCUCUUCAGCUUUCAUCCUUCUGUAAACCUCUUAAGAAAAACCCUCUUUAACUUUCGAAUGCAUAGUCACAAGUGUGGUGAUUUUUUAUUAUUAUUUUUAUUAUAAUUAUAUAUUUUUAAAAAUCAAAAACUAUUCUGUCAUGUAAUAUAUAGUAUAUUAUUAAACAAAUAAAAUCCUUAUCGUUAUUAUUA